UUAACAUUUAACAAUCUCUUCAAAUUUUCUGUUUUCGAUUUUCUCUCAUAAUAGCCAUGCAUAGUCGUGUUACAUCUCAUCUUGGCAUUCCAGCAUGUGAGAAGGAUGCUAAGGCCCUUCAGUUCAUAGAGGAGAUGACUAGAAAUGUUGAUUCAGUCCAAGAGAAAGUCUUGGCUGAAAUACUGAGCCAAAAUGCUAACACUGAGUACCUUCAAAGAUUCAAAGUUGGUGGUGCUACUGACCGUGACACAUUCAAGUCCAAAGUGCCAGUUGUCACGUAUGAGGAAAUUCAACCUGAUAUUCAACGUAUCGCCAAUGGUGAUCGUUCUCCAAUUUUCUCAUCUCAUCCCAUCUCCGAGUUCCUCACCAGUUCUGGAACAUCUGCUGGUGAGAGAAAGUUGAUGCCCACAAUUCAAGAGGAGCUAGACCGGAGACAGUUAUUGUACAGCCUUCUCAUGCCCGUGAUGAACCUGUAUGUGCCUGGUCUGGACAAAGGCAAGGGCUUGUACUUCCUAUUUAUAAAAGCAGAAACCAAGACACCCAGUGGGCUACUAGCACGACCAGUCCUAACAAGUUAUUACAAAAGUGACCACUUCAAGACAAGGCCAUACGAUCCUUACAAUGUGUAUACUAGCCCAAACGAGACUGUUCUCUGUGUCGAUUCUUUCCAGAGCAUGUACUCUCAAAUGCUUUGUGGCCUUCUUAUGCGAGAACAAGUUCUUCGACUAGGAGCAGUUUUUGCCUCUGGUCUACUUCGAGCCAUUCAUUUUCUUCAACUCAAUUGGCAGCAACUUGCUAAGGAUAUCGCGACUGGGAUAUUAAAUCCCAGAGUUUCUGACCCUUCAAUCAGGGAAUGCAUGUCCAAAAUACUUAAACCAAAUCCUGAAAUUGCGGAAUUCAUUAUCAAGGAAUGUGAAGGCCAGAAUUGGGAAGGGAUCAUUACUAGAAUUUGGCCAAAUACAAAGUACUUGGAUGUGAUUGUAACAGGUGCGAUGGCUCAGUACAUCCCUACACUAGAUUAUUACAGUGGUGGCUUACCAAAGGCGUGUACUAUGUAUGCAUCAUCCGAGUGUUAUUUUGGCCUUAAUUUGAACCCAAUGUGCAAGCCAUCUGAAGUAUGUUACACCAUAAUGCCCAAUAUGUGCUACUUCGAAUUUAUCGUACAUGACCCAACCAAUCCUGCAACGAUCUCUCGUGACUCACCACCCUGUCUCGUGGACCUGGCUGAUGUAGAAGUGGGAAAAGAAUACGAGCUCGUGAUCACAACCUAUACUGGAUUAUGUCGUUACAGAGUCGGUGACAUACUCCUGGUCACUGGAUUUCACAACUCGGCCCCUCAGUUUAAAUUCAUAAGGAGGAAGAAUGUGCUAUUGAGCAUUGAUUCGGACAAAACUGACGAGGCUGAGUUACAAAACGCGGUUGAGAAUGCUGCUGCAAUUUUGCAAUCGUACGAUACUAGUGUGGUCGAAUACACUAGCUAUGCUGACACUAAAACAAUUCCAGGACAUUAUGUUAUUUAUUGCGAAUUACUUAUAAAGGACCCAACCAACUCACCUAGUCACGAGGUUUUGAGCCAAUGUUGCUUGGCUAUGGAAGAAUCGUUGAACUCGGUUUAUCGACAGUGCCGAGUUGCAGACAAUUCAAUUGGACCACUUGAAAUUAGAGUAGUGGAAAAGGGUACAUUUGAAGAGUUAAUGGACUAUGCAAUUUCGAGGGGUGCAUCUAUAAAUCAGUACAAGGCUCCUAGGUGUGUCAAUUUUACACCUAUAGUGGAACUAUUAGACUCCAGGGUAAUUUCAGCGCACUUUAGUCCAGCUGCUCCUCACUGGACCCCAGAAAAACGACGUGUGUAAGUCUGAUAGUGAAGUCAAUUCAAGUCAUCAAGAGUAGAGUUAAACAAAACAUACGAGUAUUCUUUUUUUCUUUUCUUUUGCAUCUGUCUGUAAUAGUGUUAAACGUUCAACGUAGAUAUUAAUUAGUCUUUGCUAAUGGAAAGUGUCUUUUAGUCACUUGUAUAUCCUUCUAUUGUCUUCAUUGGUUUGAAAUAUAUUGAAAUCAUGUGUUUUCUUCCC